AAAUCUUGCGAUCUACACAGAAGCUAUUCACUUUCAUCAAAAUGUUUUGUGGGGACUAUGUGCAAGGAACCAUCUUCCCAGCUCCCAAUUUCAACCCCGUAAUGGAUGCCCAAAUGCUAGGGGGAGCCCUCCAAGGAUUUGACUGCGACAAAGACAUGCUGAUUGACAUUCUGACACAGCGCAGCAAUGCACAGAGACUGAUGAUUGCAGAGGCAUACCAGAGCAUGUACGGCCAGGACCUGAUUGCAAACCUGAAGGAGCAACUUUCUUCUCACUUCAGAGACGUUAUGGUUGGUCUCAUGUACCCACCACCGUCUUACGAUGCACACGAACUCUGGCACGCCAUGAAGGGAGCAGGCACUGAUGAGAAUUGCCUCAUUGAUAUAUUGGCUUCGAGAACAAAUGCAGAAAUAUUUCAGAUGCGAGAAGCUUACUGCUUGCAAUAUAGCACUAACCUUCAGGAAGACAUCUACUCAGACACUUCAGGACACUUCAGAGAUACUCUCAUGAACUUGGUCCAGGGAAGCAGGCAGGAAGGAUACAGUGACCCAGCUAUGGCUGCACAGGAUGCAAUGGUCCUGUGGGAAGCCUGCCAGCAGAAGACAGGGGAACACAAGACCAUGCUGCAAAUGAUCCUGUGCAACAAGAGCUACCAGCAGCUCUGGCUGGUUUUCCAGCAAUUUCAAAGUAUUUCUGGUCAAGACCUGGUAGAUGCAAUUAAUGACUGCUACGACGGAUUUUUUCAGCAGCUGCUGGUAGCGAUUGUUCUCUGUGUUCGAGACAAGCCUGCCUAUUUUGCUUAUAGACUGUAUAGCGCAAUCCAUGAUUUUGGUUUCCACAAUAAAACAGUAAUCAGGAUUCUAAUUGCCAGAAGUGAAAUAGAUCUGCUGACCAUAAGGAAACGAUACAAAGAGAGAUAUGGAAAAUCCCUAUUUCAUGAUAUCAAAAAUUUUGCUUCUGGGCAUUACAAGAAAGCUCUGCUUGCCAUCUGUGCUGGGGACAUGGAAGACUGCUGAAAUUGAAAGAAGGAAGGAUGGGGAGGAUUACUUUUAUAGAUGCAAUGAAAUAUAGACU